AAAAAAGAUAAAUUGAUGAUUAAAUGGCGUUGGAACUGUCAAAAUUCCAGGAAAAGCAAAGUGUUUAUACUCAGUUCCUCCUCCUCUGCAGCAAAAGAAGAUGUUGUUUCAGGUGGGAGGCCAAGGGACUCGCCCCACCUUCUUCGAGAUGGCGGCGGCUCAGCAGCUCCCCGUCAGUCUCCGCGCCGCCCUGACCUAUUCCGUCGGCGGUUCUGGACUACUAGGAUGAGUUCUUCUCCUUGCUCAUGCUCGUCCUCGAAACUCAUAGCCUACGAACUACAGGCACGUUUUCGGAACUCCGACUCUUCAAUCGAUCAGUGGCUGCUCUCUUCUGUUCUGUUGUCACUUUGUUCAGGAAUUGAUUUUGUUUCCUGGGUUCUGUUUGUUUUUUCUGCUGAUGCUUCGUUUUCUGAAUCGCUGUACGGGUUGAGAAGGAGGGCCGUGAAGAUAAAAGCUUGACUGAACCCGGCUGAUGAAAUUUAGCAUUCUGGCUUAAAGAAGCGCCAGAGACUUCUUUCGGUUUUGUUUUUGGUUGUGUUGCCUUAUUUUAAGUCAAAAUUGCAUUCAAUUUACAAUAGAGAAAGGGAAGCCCGAGUUCAAGCAAGUUUAUGGGGACACGUUGAUGAAAGAUUUGAUGAUGCUGACACAUUUGAUAGAGGAGAGGAUGCUGUUGUUUCACGGGGAACUUCAGAUAUGGCAGUAUCAGUUAGGACCCGUUUAACAAAAAAGAUCCAGAAAUUUAUAGGUGCUUGCUACCCAUUGCUGCAUGCUGGUUGUGAAGGAUUCUCAUUCGCUUAUCAGAUGUUAUACUUGUUGGAUGCACCUGGAUUCCAUUCCUUAGGAUUACAUGUGCUUGGGAUUCAUGUCUGUCGAGCUACAGGGCAAGAGCUGAUGGAUACGUCUUCUAGAAUGUCAAAAACAAGAAUCCGUGAACGUGAGAGACUUCGUGGCCCUCCAUGGUUGAAGGCCAAGGCGGUAAAAGCUAGACACGUGGCGGUUACCGGUACGGAACGGUCCAAAUAAAUCUUGCAAUUAACCCACUAAACUCUAUAGUGAAAGUUAUUUGCAUGAAGAAAGCUUGAAGCUUGCGCCAUAGCUGAUAUCGUAGUGCAGCAAAACUGAAGGCCACAACCCAGAGACGCCAACUAUGAAUGAACCGGAGUUGAAGCAGAGGAAUCUGUUCCUGCAGUGGAAGCAUCUCUUGGACCACAUUGACUCGCUACAGACCCGGUUCAAAGAGCUCCAUGACCGCUUUUACUCGGAGCGGAGCUCGAGAAGGGGUUGGAGUCCAAAGUUCUGAACUUUCACUCGGAAAUGGAGGCCAAAGUUUGGAACUUUCUCUUGGAAAUGGAGUCCAAAGUUGGAACUUUCACUCAUAAAUGGAGUCCAAAUCUCGGGAGUUAUUUGAAAUCGAGAUAUUGGUUAAAGAGAAUAGAAGGGAGGUUAUUGGUAAGGAGAAAUGGUUAUUGGAAACUAAGGAAUUUUUUAGGGGGAAGGACCCUCCCAAAAUCAGUCUGGAUAUACAUGGAACGACUAUCAUAGUUGCUAUCAUGAUAAACACAGUGUACAUGGCCUCUGACUCACGAACAACAGCAAGUCUUAAUGACACAGAAACAAUGACAUGUCAUGAAACCAAAAAGGUUCGGCUAAUACUCAAAGACCCACAUGUUCUAGUGGCUCUUGCCGGUGACCUUGGGCAUGCGGUUGAAGUCAUUGAUGAGCUCGAACUGGAAGCUCAACUUCCAGGUCAUUUCACAAUAGAAAGGUUCGUUGACCGUGCCCGUAGAUUUAUCGUUGGAAAAAAAUCAUGGAAAUAUUUUGAGAUUUUCAUUUGUGUUGCUGGAAAAGUGAGUUUUAAUUUAAUUUUCCUGUUUAAUGCAUAACUCACUUUCAAAGUUUCAAUAAGGAUAUUAUCUUAUAAUAUUUGUUAAUAUUCAGGGACGUUAUAUGAUAUUCUAUCCUGAAAUCCAACAUCUUAAGGACUGCUGAAACCGUGUUUGUCGUUGUCCAUGGACAUCUGAAAUGACAUGUUUCAGGAUGGACAAAUGACUGUUUAGUAUGGGUUCUGAGAUCGGAUUGCAAUGCAUUUGUUAUUAGAACAAAUACCAUAGAAGGGGAACGGAAUUGGGUUAUGAUCAUAUCCUCAGCAGCUUUAUCAUCGGACUGCGCAGAAAACAAGUUAUGUUUCAAGCCUUAUUUGAAGCUGGUAUACAAGGUGGUGGUAGCACUGGUCCACCCUCUAGGGUUAAUACGAUAAUCAACGGACAAGUUGAUUAUCAACAACUUAAUUUCAUCCCUCUGUACCAAUGAUAUUGGGAUCAGAGAGCAGAGCGAGAAGGGAUACAAUAUGUUUGUCAUGUAUCCAACUAUUUUAGAAGGCUUCAACCGUGGACAUGUUAUAUAUAAAGAUUCGCUGUGAGUAUUUAUUGUUAAUCAUUUAUGUGAACGGUAUUCUUUUAAUGUUUCUUUUGAUGCUUCUUUUAAUGCCCACGGAUGCCGUUCCUUUAAUGCAGGAUGCGCUUCGAUAAAGUGAUGAAUAGAGGAUUUCGGUUACCAUUAUCAAGGUUGAUACUGGACCUUAUGUGUUAACAACUUAUAAAGUUUUCGAUGAAUAAUUAUGACGAGAAACCUUAUGCCUUACAAGCUUUGAAGAGUUCAAUUCUCAAAACUUUUAGAGGAAGAAAAAGUUGAGAUCUUAUGAGUUGGUUGUCAAUUUAGGUACAGAGGUUUGGAAAAAAGAUUUAGAUGCCUGUCAUUGCAACAAACAAUGGAUGGGGUAAUACGUGCAACAAUCUUUAUUGGAAAGCCUUUUUUGCAAUUUUUUAGUGCUUUGGAGGAAGUCUAUGACUUCAAUAGUGAAGAGCCCCCCACGCAUGUCUAUAUUGGCUUGAGAGAGAUGUUGUUGACUCUUGGGCAAUGUACUCACCGCAAAAGUUAUACAACAUCUCUCUCAAGCCACUAUAGACAUGCGUGGGAGGCUCUUCACUAUUAAAGUCAUAGACUUCCUCCAAAUCACUAAAAAAUUGCAAAGAAGGCUUUCCAAUAAAGAUUGUUGCACGUAUUACCCCAUCCAUUGUUUGUUGUAAUGAUGGGCAUCUAAAUUUUUUUUCCAAACCUCUACCUAAAUUGGCAACCAACUCAUAAUAUCUCAAUUUUUUUCCUCUAAAAGUUCUGAGAGUUGAACUCUAUAAAGCUUGUAGGGCAUAAAGUUUCUCGUCAUAAUUAUUCAUCGAAAACUUUAUAAAUUGUAACACAUAAGGUCCAGUAUCAUCCUUGAUAGUGGCUAACCGAAAUCCCCUAUUCAUCACUUUAUCGAAGCGCAUCCUGCAUUGAAGGAACGACAUUGUCGUUCGCAUAAUUGAUUAACAAUAAAUACUCACGGCGAAUCUUUAUAUAUAACAUGUUCACGGUUGAAGCCUUCCAAAUAGUUGGACGCAUGACAAACAGAUUGUAUCCCUUAUCGCUCUGCUCUUUGAUCCCACUGUGUCCUUGGUACAGAGGGAUGAAAUUCAGUUGAUGAUAAUCAACUUGUCCGUUGAUUAUCAUAACAACCCUGAAGGGUGGACCAGUGCUACCACCAGCUUCAAAAAAGGCUUGAAACAUAUCUUCUUAUGUGUGCGGUCCGAUGAUAAAGCUGCCGAGGAUAUGACCAGAACCCAAUUUCAUUCCCCUUAUAUGGUAUUUGUUCUAAAAAAAAUGCAUUGCAGUCCGACCCCCAAAACCCAUACUAAACAGUCCAUCCUGAAACAUGCCAUUUCAGAUGUCCAUGGACAACGACAAACACGGUUUCGACAGUCCUUAAGAUGUUGGAUUUCUGGAUAGAAUAUCAUAUAACGUCCAUGAAUAUUAACAAAUAUUAUAAGAAACUAUCAUUAUUGAAACUUUGAAAGUGAGUUUUGGAUUAAACAAGAAAAUUAAAUUAAAACUCACUUUUCCAAUGAAAAUCUCAAAAUAUUUCCAUGAUUUUUUUUCGACAAUAAAUCUACGGGCACGGUCAACGAACAUUUCUAUUGUGAAAUGAUCCGGAAGUUGAGCUCAUCAAUGACUUCAACCACAUGCUCAAGGUCACCAGCAAGAGCCACUAGAACAGGUGGUUCUUUGAGUAUUAGCUGGGAUGCUAGGGUAGCGUUGACUGGCAAAACAAAUAAAUAUUGUAUCGUGGGGAAACCGUAGGUAGUCUGGGAAAUGAAAGGAGGAAUGUUCUAUCUUGAUUAUUUGUUGUUUUACUGUAUCCUACAUCCUUUACCAAGAAAGAAGAAUUCCUCUUU